UCCUCCCUCCUAUUCCCUGCUUUCUUGCCACAGCGCGAGGCUUCCACCUAUGUGGGAAUUUUCUCCUAAUAGUGAGCCGCCACUAUCGGGAGGCUGAGCGUUGCAGAGGAUGUGAGGGCAGAGAGCAUCCAAGCAGCUUUUUUUAUUUUAGCAGGAGACGAAAAAAAAAAAAAAAAAAAAAAAGUCAUUCAGCCUGUGCAGCCUUGAGGAGAUAAGAGGCUUUACUUGUUGCUUAAACUUUGCAAAAUAAGAGCAAGCGAAACGGCUCAUUUCUGCCGAUUUGUUCGGUUUCUUAGCAGAUUCUGAGUUCACAAGUUCAUCUCUGGUGAAAACGGCUUUGACGCGGACUUUCGGCCGAUCGUCGCCGCUGAGGAGAAGAAGAAGAAGAAGAAGAAGAAGAAGAAGAAGGAGAAGAAGGAGUUCUUCUCAGUAACUCACCCUUCUGUGAGAAAAAGAAAAAAAGGAAAAGAGGUCUCAUCUUGACACCUCAGCUGCUUCGUCACAUGGACAUUGACACUGAACAGCUGUUGCGUUUGCCAUCUUCCCUCAGGAAAAGAAGCCGGAGCGCCGCGGGGAGCUGCGAGCAGCGUUUUUGACGCGGGAGCGAUGCUGAUGAACCCGGCUGCGCCAGAGUGCCUCGUACUUAGCAACUGACGAGGAUGAGAGACGGUGUGAUGACCUACCUGUAUUUGACAAGAGUGUUUUUCACCUCGUUGGAGAGAAGCGAGCGCGAAGGGAAAAAGUCGCCGAGAGGGGGAGAGAGGGGAGGGAGAGCCGGCGAGGGAAGGCGUGAGGCAGCGCAGAGCUAAUGAAGACUUAACGCAGCUGGAAGAAGAAACGGAGGAAACUCUGGCGGAGAGAAGACGGGAGUAAAAAAAAAAAAAAAGGGGAAAAAAGACAAAUUAAAAGAUGAAGAUGUCGGAGCUGUAGAGCGUAAGCUGCUCAGUCUGCAUGGGGCCACAGAAGGACAUUUUUCAGCUGUAAUGCAGACAGAAGACAAAGCCAUGGAUCCUCUAAACAGCACUUUUGGCAACACUUCACAUGUCCCGAUUGCUCCUCACAGUUUGUGGGAGGUCAUAACCAUCGCCACAGUGUCAGCCAUAGUCAGCUUGAUUACUAUCGUCGGUAACGUGCUGGUGAUGCUGUCCUUCAAAGUGAACAGCCAACUGAAGACUGUGAACAACUACUACCUGCUGAGUUUGGCCUUCGCUGAUCUCAUCAUAGGAGUUUUGUCCAUGAACUUGUACACCACAUAUAUACUAAUGGGUUACUGGUCCUUGGGGAAUCUCGCGUGUGAUCUCUGGCUGGCUGUGGAUUAUGUUGCCAGCAACGCUUCAGUUAUGAACUUGCUUGUCAUCAGCUUUGACAGAUACUUCUCCAUCACAAGGCCACUGACAUACCGGGCAAAGAGGACUCCAAAGAGAGCUGCCAUCAUGAUAGGCAUGGCUUGGGUGGUGUCUUUUGUCCUCUGGGCGCCACCGAUUCUGUGCUGGCAGUACUUUGUGGGAGAGAGAAAAGUGCCUAUGGACCAGUGUCAGAUCCAGUUUUUGACAGAGCCUGUGAUCACGUUUGGGACAGCCAUCGCUGCUUUCUACAUCCCAGUCUCAGUUAUGACUAUCCUUUACUGCAGGAUCUACAAGGAGACACAGAAACGGACCAAAGAUCUGGCCGAGCUGCAAGGACUCACGACGGAAAAUGUUCCAGAGGGGAAUAAGCCGCAGAAAACCAUCAUUCAUUCUUGUUUUCACUUCACCAGAGAGAGGAGAGGCCACAAUCAGGCGUCCUGGUCCUCGUCUAAUCAGAGUAAUGCCACUAAAACGACCAUAAGAUCAGACGACGCUUGGGCGAAGGCAGACCAGAUCACUUCAUUCAACAGCUACUCAUCGUCAGAAGAGGAGGAGGCUCACGUUUCAAUAGAAACUCCACAAGGAUCUUUCAAAGAGCAAGGUAGCGGACAAAGUAAUAAGAACGGACAAGUGGCUGACUACACGGGGGACCAGUAUUUUUCCACUCCCCUAAAGAAGAACAGUAAAACGUGCAUCUCUUAUAAGUUCAAACCCGGCUCCAAGGGUAAAAACAGCAGUCCCACGAGCGCAGCGACGCCGUGUCCACCGAAAGCAGAGCAGCCGGACAAAAACGCCUCGCCGUCCUCCGCCUCCACCACCUCCAAACCCAUGGACCCCGUCCUGAAGAACCAGAUCACCAAGAGAAAGAGGAACGUGCUGGUGAAGGAGAAGAAGGCGGCCCAGACCCUCAGCGCCAUCCUCCUGGCCUUCAUCCUCACGUGGACGCCGUACAACAUCAUGGUGCUCAUCUCCACUUUCUGCGCCGAGUGCAUCCCCAUGUCCCUCUGGCACCUGGGCUACUGGCUGUGCUACGUCAACAGCACCAUCAACCCCAUGUGCUACGCCCUCUGCAACAAGACCUUCCAGAAGACCUUCCGCAUGCUCCUGCUCUGCCAGUGGAGGAGGAGGAGGAGAGGCGAGGACAAGCUGUACUGGGGCGGACAGAAUCCAAAUGUCAACAAUAAAAUGAUAUGAUGUGCCCCCUGUAAUGAUACAGCAGAAGCCCCAGCUUGGCCCACAUGUUGGAUUUUGUUGCUAUAUUCUGUAGUCAGUGGUCAUUAUCGGCAUGAAGUGCUGCAUGUGAUUUUUAUGUUAAAAUGUGUUGGUGGAAAAUGCGCUGAGCCUGACGCAGCGCUUAAACAUACGUUCCAGAUUAUUACAGGAAAGAAACCUCAGCAAGGGGCUGCGCUUUCGCAUACAAAUAAAAGGUUAAAGAACAGGUUCAGAGUUUCCUAGUCUAUCCCAAUUUUUUACUUUUCUUUUACUUGUCACAGAUAAAACUAACCUAGCUGAGGACACAAAUUUGAGGGUGUUGAGUUUAGAAAGAAGCCUCAUCUUGUCUCUGCUUCAGGCUAAUUGCUCUAGGUUACAUUAGCCAAUGCUACUGAGACAAACCUUACAUUUCACUUCAGAUAAGGAAGAAGUUUAAUAAGAAAUCUGUAGCCUGAGCUGUGCUUGAGGCUCAAGUUGAUAUUAGCCUUUAGCCUCAUCUGUGCUUGAGGAACAGGUUCAUAUUUGCUUUUAGCUUCAUCUGUGCUUGAAACUCAGCGUUCUAUUAGCCAUUAACUUCAUCUGUGCUUGAGGUUCAGGGUUAUAUUAGUCAUUAGCCUUAUCUAUGCUUAAGGCUCAAGUUCAUAUUAGCCCUUUUAGCCUCAUCUAUGCUUGA